CCGCCUCUCUUUCUUCCUCCUCUAAAAGCCGUUCACACCCGUCAGCUGUUCACUAUCGAGACCUGCACGCGCGCGGCGGCGGAGCUGCUGGAGACGGCACGAGCGAACGCGGUUGCGCACCGUAGUCACAUAGAGAGAAAGAGCGGAGCCCGAGCGGUUCCACCGACGGCACGCCGAACUGCAUCCCCAGCCCGGUCGCUCACGUUGAAAGCAAGUGGAACCGAAUCGCUCCUCGUUUGUUUAUUUUGUGGUUCGUCCACGCGACGUCGGACGCUGUUGCCGGUAUUGUGACUCUGCACGCGUCUCGCUGUGGCAUGUUUGUGGCCCAAAGCGGACGGAACUGAACUCCUCGUUGCUCCUGAACAGGAUUCAAUGAAAAUGUCGGUCUGCGUCCACGAGAACCGCAAGUCUCGUGCCAGCACGGGCUCUAUGAACAUCUACCUGUUCCACAAGUCCUCGUAUGCCGACAGUGUGCUAAUGCACCUGAAUGCUCUUCGGCAGCAGAGGCUCUUCACCGAUGUUCUGCUCCACGCGGGAAACCGUUCUUUCCCGUGCCACAGGGCUGUGCUGGCCGCCUGCAGCCGCUACUUUGAAGCAAUGUUCAGCGGAGGGCUGAGAGAGAGUCAGGACAGCGAAGUGGACUUCAGAGACUCCAUUCAUCCAGAGGUAUUGGAGCUCCUUCUAGACUAUGCCUAUUCGUCAAGAGUGAUAAUAAAUGAGGAGAACGCGGAAUCUCUCCUUGAGGCCGGUGACAUGCUGGAGUUUCAGGACAUCCGCGAUGCCUGUGCCGAGUUCCUGGAGAAGAACCUCCACCCAUCCAACUGCCUGGGCAUGCUGCUGCUCUCAGAUGCUCACCAGUGCACCCAGCUGUUCCAGCUGUCCUGGAGCAUGUGCCUCAGUAACUUCCCCGCUAUCUGCAAGACUGAAGAGUUUCUCCAGCUGCCCAAGGACAUGCUGGUCCAGCUGCUGGCGCACGAAGAGCUUGAAACCGAGGACGAGCGACUGGUCUACGAGUCGGCGCUGAACUGGGUGAACUACGACCUCGAGAGGAGACACUGUCACCUUCCGGAGCUGCUCCGUACUGUGCGUCUGGCUCUCCUUCCUGCCAUCUUCCUCAUGGAGAACGUCUCUACGGAGGAGCUCAUCAUCGCGCAGGCUAAAAGCAAAGAGCUGGUAGACGAGGCCAUCCGUUGCAAACUGCGCAUCUUGCAAAACGACGGCGUCGUCAAUAGUCCCUGCGCCCGGCCCCGCAAGACCAGCCACGCCCUUUUCCUGUUGGGUGGCCCCACGUUUAUGUGCGACAAGCUCUACCUGGUGGACCAGAAGGCCAAAGAAAUCAUUCCAAAGGCAGAUAUCCCCAGUCCACGCAAGGAGUUCAGCGCUUGUGCCAUUGGCUGCAAAGUAUACGUGACUGGGGGCCGGGGCUCAGAGAACGGCGUGUCUAAGGACGUUUGGGUGUAUGACACAUUGCAUGAAGAAUGGUCCAAAGCGGCUCCGAUGCUGAUAGCGCGUUUCGGUCACGGUUCCGCUGAGUUACGCCACUGCCUGUACGUCGUUGGAGGUCACACAGCUGCUACUGGCUGUCUGCCUGCAUCACCAUCUGUGUCCUUGAAGCAGGUAGAGCAGUUUGACCCGGUUGCUAACAAGUGGAGCAUGGUGGCACCCCUGCGAGAAGGAGUUAGCAAUGCCGCCGUCGUCAGCGUAAAGCUGAAGUUAUUCGCUUUCGGUGGGACGAGUGUGGCCCACGACAAGCUGCCUAAAGUCCAGUGCUACGAUCCCUCAGAAAAUCGCUGGACGGUCCCGGCGUCCUGUCCACAGCCGUGGCGCUACACCGCAGCUGCGGUUCUCGGCAACCAGAUCUUUGUAAUGGGAGGCGACACAGAAUUCUCCGCUUGCUCUGCCUACAAAUUCAGCAGUGAGACUUAUCAGUGGACUAAAGUUGGAGAUGUUACGGCAAAACGAAUGAGCUGCCAAGCGGUGGCCUCUGGAAACAAACUUUAUGUGGUGGGUGGCUACUUUGGUACACAGCGCUGCAAAACCCUGGACUGUUACGACCCCACGCUGGAUGCCUGGAACAGCAUCACUACCGUACCAUAUUCCUUAAUCCCCACUGCCUUCGUCAGCACCUGGAAACACCUCCCAGCCUGAAGCACGCCUGUUCUCCCCUGUGUUACCCUACUGUUCCUACAAGAAUUCUGUGUCCAUUUGUCGAUAUCGUCUACUGGAUUCCAACUGUGAAGAAACGCUAUAACCUUCCUGUGCAAUUUUAUGAAGAUACUUUCUCCAAUAAGAGCUAAAUAUUGUGUAUACAGUCCAGUCGCAAAGCUUUUUUUUUCUUCCGCAAGUUUGCCAAAAAUUUUUUUUCUUCCUCCAUGGAAGUUUUAAGUACGUUGUGAUGUCAUAUCCUUAAUUUUGUGGAGUAUCAAAACUUGAGCUUCACGAUGAAAACCAAAAGAACUGCGACGCACCAUGAAGUCCAGUCUGCUUUCAUCGUAACCAGCAUAAUCAUCAUCAUCAUCUUCGUCCCCCACGUUUGUGAACUCUGAACGUGUUUUUGUUCAAUGCUGAAUCCAUGCAAGCUAAAAUAGACCCGUAUGCCUGUCUUAAUUUGUAUAAUGCAUGAAGGAUGAGUGGAAGCUUUUGAUUGGGAGAAUAACAGGAGUCUCAAUGCAUGAUCGGAGAUGUUAAGAUACUCCAGGAAAAGUACCUCAUGUCCUGAUAUGUAUCUACCUUUUCUUCUCCCGUGUUGAUGUUAAAAAAUAGACCUUGCUCAGAUGAAGAAAGGCUGUUGCUGACACUUAAUGGACUGAUAAACCUCUAAAAAAGGACAGAAGGAAACAUGAGCAAGCAUUUUAAAUUUUUUUUUUUUUUUUUUUAAGUAUUUGUCCUUCACACGUCUGUACGAGGAGGACAGGUUGAUGCUGAACUGUCCCUGUUGAACAGACCUUAGCAGCUUGGUGUGAAAAUGGACACGGGCACAGUGUGUCCCAAGGUACACGUGCCAGCUGUGCGUUUGCGACUAAGUGAGUGCGGGAGAGGCAUGUCCCAGCAUGUUCGUCUGAACGAGAGUCCGUCUGACCCCACUCAACACCCAUCCCCUCAAAAAAUAAGCAACUGAGAAACAGCGUGAGCAUGCUCUCUGAGGAAGCGCCAACAGACACUGUCAUUCCCGGCUUCUGAUGACUGAACGGCUAGAGUUUUGCGUUUCUCCUGCUCAAGACUUCAACCGUGCGAGACGCUUCCGUUUUGCCGAUUUUUGCCUGUACUAUUCUAAGCACAUACAGUCACGUAAACGUGAACGACAGAAGGAGAGAGAAAAGAGGUGAGAGUCGUUUCGUCACCCUGCGAGGGAAUGCAGUCUCUAUGGCAACAACGAAACUGUAAAUUUAAAAAAAAAAAAAAAAGUGCAAGAAACUGGUCGUCUGGCUUCACAUAUUUCAGUGUCUAUUAAUAGUCUUAAUUUAUGAUUUUUGUUUAAACCGUUUUUGUUUGAUCCAUUGUGUAUUAACAAUAUUUCUCUUUUAUUUAUUGUUAAUUUUUCUGCUUGCAUACAUGUUUGGAUGUGUAGAAGUUGACAGGUUUUUGUACCGCGCAUGGCCCAAAACGCUCUGUGUUCCUGCUGCUCUUUUGCACAUUUACAUAAGGUCAUUUUGACUGAGCAGGUGGAAUUUGUAGUGGUCAGCGAACUCUUGAGCCUCUUGCUCAUCUGAUCAAAAACAGGGAGGCUUGGAGGUCAUAGGUCAUUGACGGGAUAAGAAUGGGCCGAAUGACGUCAGAGUUUCGCAUUACCCAGGGUGGGCAGGUCAGCAGAUGGGGGGGAAGUGGUUUUAAGAGUUUGGGGGAUGGCUUUCUCCAAAACAGAGGGGCAGUUCCCCUCAAAAUUGUAAUUUUUGAGUAAACUAUCCCUUUAAAUGUUACCCCAAUAAAUCAAGUUCUUUUAGGUUAAGUAAUUAUGUGGAGAAAUUAUGCUUUAACCACAGGUCAAUUCAACUAGUUGUGAUGGUGCUCUGACCUGCUUCAACUGUUUGUGAUCUUAUACAUUAUAAAUUUACCUCGAACCUCCAUCUAAACAGCAUUACGUUUCACUUACAAGAACAUUAGCGUGGUUUAGUAAGUUCUUUCGACCAAUUCCGAGUGACCCCAUGCCAAAACCGAGGCCGGUAUUCAGCCUCUGUAACCCUCUGUAGCUGUGCAUCCAUCACUCUGUCAGUUCUGAAACUAAGACUGACCCAGGGUUUCUUUAGGUUUUAAGGGCCCUGUAGAGCUAUCUGAGGAAUGUGACGUCCGCAGCUGCUCCCAGAACAGCUGGAAUCGUCACCAGCGUGUUGUAACUUACGGUUCAGUAGUGCUGUUAACAUUAUGAUCAGAUUAAGAAUACGUCACAGUCACCCGGCUAGAUAUGCACUCUUAAAAAUACAGCUUCUACAAAUCAUUUUAAACUCUGACAAUGGCACAAAUGGAUUCAGAGCUUUUAUUACGCGUUCAUUAUGCAUGUUCGUAUGAAGAACUUUAAUAGUAACCCUAGUUGUCAAUGAAGAAUCUUUAUUUUUAAGAGUGCGUGCUAGUUGGUAAAGCCUGUCACCCAAAGUGAUUUCACUGGGCAAAUGUAAUGAUGAUGACUAAAACGGUGUUUGUUAUGAUAAAGCUGAAUCCCAAAGGUCUUGAAAUAACUAACAGCGAUGUCUGCAUAAGGGCAAGACCAUAGUGCUUUCAUGUCAAUGCCAAAUGUACUGCCUGUAGAGAUGAUGUGUCUGUAUGAAUAUUCACUGCGGAGUGACACAGCGACAACAGUGUUUGGGGUAGGUUGAAUAACACCACUGGCAGUUUGCGACGCUAUAGCUAUCGUGACAACACUGUUCUACAUGCUACAAGCUGAUUAUAUAGCUUUAAAUUUAAUAGAAGAUAGUAUUCCGUGUGUUUUUUUUGUUUUGUUUUUUUCAACUGCACAGCGACUGCAAAGUUGAAGGAAAGCCCUAAGAGAGGAAAACCGGUAGCAAGCGUUCCUCCCACAAUCCCUCUCAUCCCCUCCAGGACAUUCUUGCUUUAAAAUGUUCCGAUUAGCCUUUAGGGUCUUACGCCCCCUCCUUUUCCCCCCUUCCAGAAUACCUUUUCACAGAACACUGCACACUCUGACCUCCAGCCAAUCAAAAACCCUGUUCUGCCCCCCUCCGCAUAGCACAGUUGCCACAGCGAUGGUCAACAAUCAUUGCUCCCCUCUCCAUUUGAACUAGUAAUAGUCAAGUGUUUUGUUUUUCCCUCUUACUCCUUCCCUCUCUCCUCCUGCUGAAGUGAAAGAUUGAUUCAGAGGUGACUCAUAAGCCCGUGUGCAUUUAGAACUCUUAAACGCUGUAUGCCUUCACAAACAGACGCAUUGCUAAAGCACUGUCAAUGUUGGGCUGUACUGUUGUUUUCGUGGGUGUCAUUUUUCUUUUCAUUUCUAUAUUUGUCGUAUUAUAUAAUUGUAUUGUUAUUUUAUCUCAACCGCUGCGGUUAACAUUAUUUUGUACAAGUGAUUUUUUCACAAUGUGAAAUUCAUGGCUAAAUAAAGAUAAGAGUUUUUCCUCUUGA